AUGGUCGCCGAACUGAAGCAAAGGUCAACGACCGCUACCCGGGAUGCGCAGGCUGCUCCUAAGGAGGAGUUUGCCGAUGCCAACAUCCCUGACGACUACGUCUCUCGUGUGCUCGCCACCGAGAAGCCUCUUCCCCCUGUUCAGCUCAAGAACAUUCUCAACGAGAUCCAGUGGGUUUCGUUCCUCGCUCUUACGAUCACUCCUAUUCUCGCCACCUACGGUCUCUUCACCACCAGCUGGAACAAGUACACCGCCAUCUGGACCUUCGUCUACUACUUCAUGACUGGUCUCGGUAUCACGGCUGGUUACCACCGACUUUGGGCUCACCGCGCCUACAACGCUUCCCUUCCGCUCCAGUACUACCUCGCAUGCAUGGGCUCCGGUGCCGUUCAAGGCUCCAUCCACUGGUGGUCGCGUGGCCACCGCGCUCACCACCGCUACACCGACACCGACCUUGACCCCUAUGGAGCCCACUUUGGUCUCUUCUGGUCACACCUUGGUUGGAUGCUUGUCAAGCCUCGCCGCAAGCCCGGUGUCGCUGACAUCUCGGACUUGCGCAAGAACCAGGUGAUCAAGUUCCAGCACAAGUUCUACAUCCCCAUGCUCCUCUUCUUUGGCUUCGGCUUCCCUACUCUGGUUGCCGGCCUUGGAUGGAACGACUGGCGCGGUGGUUUCUUCUUCGCAGGCAUGCUCCGCCUCGUCUUUGUUCACCACUCGACUUUCUGCGUCAACUCGCUCGCCCAUUACCUCGGCGAGGCCACUUUCGACAACAAGAUGACCCCCCGUGACCACUUCUUCACCGCUCUGGUCACCGUCGGUGAGGGCUACCACAACUUCCACCACCAGUUCCCCAUGGACUACCGCAACGCCGUCCACUGGUACCAGUUCGACCCCACCAAGUGGUUCAUCACUGCCAUGUACAAGAUCGGCCUCGCCUCGCACCUCAAGUCCUUCCCCGACAACGAGGUCAAGAAGGGUCGUCUUGCGAUGCAGCUCCAGAAGGCUCACGAAUUCGGUCAGCAGCUCGAGUGGCCCAAGUCCUCGUCGCACCUUCCCGUCAUCUCGUGGGACGACUUUGUCGAGGAAUCCAAGACCCGCCCUCUCAUCGUCGUUCACGGCUUCAUCCACGAUGUCUCUUCUUUCCUCGACGAGCACCCUGGUGGCCGCCACCUCUUGACCGGCAAGAUCGGCAAGGACGCCACCACUGCUUUCCUCGGCGGUGUUUACGACCACUCGAACGCAGCACACAACCUCCUUUCGAUGAUGCGUGUCGGUGUCCUCGACGGUGGCUACCAGCUCGCCAAGGACGAGCUUGCCAAGGUUGAGCGCGAGAACCGCGCCACCGGAGUUUCGGCCAACCGACCCGCUGGCUCGCCACCUUCGCCCGUUACCUCGGACGACGAGGACUUCAACGGUCCCGCCACCCCUACCGACGAGACUCCCAUGGCCACUGUCAAUGCUGUUGCUGCCGCAUCCGAGCAGCUCAAGGCUCAGCAGUCGGCUGACGGCACCAAGUCGAUCAACCUCAAGGCUGCCACCUACGUGACACCUGGCGAGGCAUACUCCAUCGUCAAGCGUGGUGAGCUCAAGGCAAAUGCCAGGGUCGACGGUACCAAGUUUGGUCGUUUCCUCUAA